AUGGGUGAAUUUGGCAAAACACUCGGGCUCGACGAACUGUCUGACGGAGCAACGAUCAUUACUAAAGCCUUACUCGCAGAAUUCAUAGGAAAUCUAUUACUAAACCUAUUUGGGUGUGGUGCAUGCGUGAAUGUUGCUCAGGGAACCACUGCGGCACCUGAUAUUGUCUUAAUUGCACUCGCGUUUGGACUGGCUGUGUUCGCCAUUAUUUCUGCAAUUGGUCACAUAUCAGGGGGCCAUGUCAAUCCGGCUGUGACGAUUGGUUUAGCGUCGACCGGGGCCGUAAAGCCCGUGCGCGCCGUGCUCUACAUAAUCGUGCAAUGCGCCGGCGCCGCCGCAGGAUCAGGCUUGCUGAAAUCCUUCACACCGGAUCGUGCCGCGGGCAACCUUAGCGUCACUGGACUUGGCACUGAUGUUACUCAGCUACAAGGUUUCGGCAUCGAGUUCUUCCUUGGAUUCGUGCUCGUCUUUGUUGUCAGCGGUGUGUGCGACCCCAACAAACCAGACAGCAAGGCGACGGCACCGCUGGCUAUUGGUCUAACGGUCACCUUGGGUCACUUGUUGGCUGUAGACUACACUGGCUCUUCAAUGAACCCAGCUCGUUCCUUCGGCUCAGCGGUCGUCGCUAACGUAUGGGACAACCACUGGAUUUAUUGGGCUGGUCCUAUUGCUGGCGGCGUUGCAGCAGCGCUCAUCUACUUCCACGGAUUCUCUGCGCCACCCCCGAAUAACAUCACUCCGCCUCGCUACAGGCCCGUGGCCGGAGAUGAAAAAGAGCUGAAGAGGUUGGACGGUAACGGUGAAAACAUUGCCUGA